UAAAACACAAAAACACAGCAGCCGCCAUUUUUCUCUGAGCGGAAGGAGGAAGAGCAGAGGGAAAACAUUAAACUCUUCAAGUAAAAACCCUCCAUAAAUACAUAUUUUCUGUCAUGGAGGUCCCCGGGCAGGACAGCGACUGGAGGAGCCCUCAGUUCCGACAAAAAGUCGUCGCUCAGAUUGAAGAGGCGAUGAGGAAGGCAGGAACCGCACACACCAAGUCCAGCCAAGACAUGGAGAACCACGUUUACGUCAAGGCCAAAUCCAGAGAGGAGUAUUUAUCUCUGGUGGCCAGGCUCAUCAUACACUUCAGGGACAUCCACAAGAAGGCACUCGGAGUUCAAGAUCCCAUGAAUGCCCUGACUAACCUGACGGGGGUUGGCGGGGGCCCGGGCGCCAUUGGCAUGGGGCCCCGCCCAACCGGGGCUCCAGUGGGUGGCAUGGGGGCCAUGGGGCAGAUGCAGAUAGGCCAGCAUGCCAUGGCAGGGGUGGCUGGAAACCCACAAGCCAUCGGGGGUCCAGGACAGAUGCCGAUGCAGCAGAUGGUGCAGGCGCAGCAACAGUCGCUCCAGUUCCAGCAGUUCCAGCAGCAGCAGCAGCAGAACGCCAUGCAGCAGCAGCAACAGCAGCACCAGCAGCAGAACGCCAUGCAGCAGCAGUUACAGCAGCAGCAGCAGCAGCUGCUGAGGGUGCAGCAGAUGCAGCAGCAGCAGCACCACCAGAACCAGCAACUUCAGCAGCAGCACCAGAACCAGCAGCAGCAGCAGCAGCAGCAACAGGCCCAGAACCAGCAGCAGCAGAACCAGAUGCAUCAGACGAGGAUUCAGCAGCAACAGAUGGUGCAGCUGCAGCUACAGCAGCAGCAGCAUGCCCAGGCUCAAGCCCAGGCUCAGGCGCAAGCCCAGGCUCAGGCGCAAGCCCAGGCUCAAGCCCAGGCCCAGUCCAUUCAGCACAUGGUUCAGCAGCAGCAGCAGCAGCAACAGCAGCAGGUUCAGGCCCAGGUUCAGCCUCAGCCGGGUCAGAUGCCUCCCCACCCUCAGCAGCAGCAGCAGCAGCAGCAGCAGCCCGGCAUGGUGCCCCAGUCUCUGGCGGGACAGAUGGCGUCCGCUCAGCACGUUCCCAUCAACUCGCUCAGUCAGCAGCAGCAGCAGCAGCAGCACCAGCUCAAGAUCCAGGCCUUCCAGCAGGCCCGUGCCCUGCAGCAGCAGCAGCAGGCCCAGCAGGCGCAGCAAGCAGCGCAGCAAGCCGCAGCUCAGGCGCAGCUCAACGUGGCCGCUGCAGCCAGCGUUCCUGGACAGUUGGUGCGUCCCGGGAUGCCGAUUCCUCCCCGGAUGCCUCGAGCCCUGAACCCCUCCAUCCCUCCUCCAAACGCUGCCGCCGCCGCCGCAGCAGCCGCUGCCGCAGCCGCCGCCGCAGCCGCAGCCGCCGCCGCCACCGGUGUGGGAGCACAGCAGAUGACACAGCAGGCACAGCAGCAUCAGAUGAUGUCAUCACCUUCACCUGUGCAGGUGCAGACGCCUCAGUCGAUGCCCCCCCCUCCCCAGCCGUCGCCUCAACCCCCCACCUCACAGCCCAACUCAGUCAGCUCCGGUCCCACUCCGUCUCCGGGGGGUUUCCAGCCCAGCCCCUCCCCUCAGCCCUCACAGAGCCCCGCCACCGCCAGGACCCCCCAGAACUACGGAGUCCCGUCUCCUGGACCGCUUAAUACUCCAGGUAACCCCAGCUCGGUGAUGAGUCCGGCGGGGGCCACGUCUCUGGAGGACCAGCAGUACAUGGAGAAACUCAAACAGUUGUCUAAAUACAUCGAGCCUCUGCGCCGGAUGAUCAACAAGAUUGACAAAAAUGAAGACAGAAAGAAAGACCUGAGUAAGAUGAAGAGUCUGUUAAACAUCCUGACUGAUCCAAACACCAGGUGUCCUCUGAAGACGCUGCAGAAGUGUGAAAUUGCUUUAGAGAAGCUGAAGAACGACAUGGCCGUGCCGACCCCCCCUCCCCCCCCAGUGCCCACCAAACAGCAGUACUUGUGUCAGCCGCUGCUGGACGCCGUCAUGGCCAACAUCCGCUCGCCCGUCUUCAACCACUCUCUGCACCGGACCUUCGCCCCCGCCAUGACCGCCAUCCACGGGCCGCCCAUCACCGGCCCCAACAUCUCCGGGAGCAAGAGGAAGCACGAGGAGGAUGAGCGGCAGACCAUCCCCAACAUCCUGCAGGGAGAGGUGGCCCGCCUCGACGUCAAGUUCCUGGUCAACCUGGACCCGUCCUUCUGCAGCAACAACGGCACCGUGCACCUCGUCUGCAAACUGGAUGAUAAAAACCUCCCCAGUGUUCCUCCUCUGCAGCUCAGUGUUCCUGCUGAUUACCCCGACCAGAGUCCUUACUGGGCUGAUGACGGGGACCAGUACGCAGGUGCGAACAGCUUCCUGCAGACAGUCCACCGGAACAUGACGUCCAAACUGCUGCAGCUUCCUGACAAACACUCAGUGACAGAGCUGCUCAACACCUGGGCUCAGAGCGUCCGCCAGGCCUGUCUGUCAGCCGCCUGAGGCCCCGCCCACUUCCUGUCUCCAUCUGCUGCAGACACAACACUACAGUCGGAGCAGACGUUACCGGGCGGCUGCUUCCCCUCCGCUACCUGCUGGACUUUUCUCCGUCGCAAAGAAAGAAAGAAAGA